AUGUCAAGACAACUCUCUGUACGCCGCGGCCGCAAGCCAAGGAUUUCCCCUGCUGUUCGGGAUCUCUCAUUCAGCGACGCUGAUAACCCCCAACCAUCAACGUCGGGAAUCCAACGCUUGCGGAAUGCCCCAGAUCCUCUUCUGUAUCUGUAUUCCACAGACGAAGAGGAUUAUACACCUCCUCUGAAAUUGGCUAGGACUAGCGAUCUCUCUGAAGUUGAAAUCUCCACUCGAUUUGACGGUGACGACUCGGAUUGGGAGGGAUCCGAGUUCGAUACCGAAGAGUCGGGUGUGGACGACGAGGAAGAUUUUGACUAUGUCCCGCUGGUGGAAACCUCUUUGGACUCCGACGAGCCCCUCGCAGAAUACGUCAGACGACAUUGGGAGCGUAAUGCUCCGGGAACUCCCUCUUUUUGUUGGUCGAAGAGGGAGAAUUUCAUCAGGCGUCACUGCUUCGAGGGGACACCGGGUGUGAAAGCACCCCUUGAAGACUCGUCGACCCCAUUAGAAGUAUUCACCAGUGUGUUCCCAGAGGAGUUGUUUCAGACCAUCGUGGACGAGACGAAUCGGUAUGUUCGACAGAACCCGCGCACCCCUUCAUCCCAUAUGAAGGGGUGGGAGGACACAACGGUGCGGGAAGUCCGCUCCUAUGUCGGCUUACGAUUCCUGAUGGGCCUUCAGUCGAAGAGGGACCAGAGGGAAUGGUGGUCGACGGACCCGUUGAUGUCCUCGUCGGUGUUCGCCAAGACGAUGACCAGGGACCGCUACGAUGCCCUGACCUCCGCGCUCCACUUCGCUGAUAACGAAGGGGAGCAUCCCGCGGAGGACAGGCUUUGGAAGCUGCGCCCUGUGUUAGACGUCUUGGAAUCGACAUAUCGAUCCGCCUUCGUCCCGAACAAGAACGUGACCGUCGACGAGAGCUUGUGGGCCUUCAAGGGGCGUCACUACGCCCUCCAGUACAAUCUGAGCAAGAGGGCUGAAGGCCUACAAGCUUUGCUCGUCCGACGGUCCAGAGGCAGGGUAUACGGCGGCCUUCAAGAUCUACAUGGGGCAGGACCGCGGCGUAUUUCCAUCCAGCAUGAAGGCCGUCACCGACCUGCUGGAGAAGACAGAUCUAUUCGACAAGGGGUACCAGUUAUGCACCGACACACCUCCCCGACUCUCUUCCAUUACCUGCAGGCCAGGAAGACCAGUGCAGUUGGGACUGUGCGUCUCAACCGGCGUGGCAUGCCCUCGGACCUGCAGCAAGGUCGUUACCCUGCCUCCCAACCGCCGAUGGGUGGAGAGGGCGAAGCCUGA